ACGCAAACAAGCGUGCAGAACAAAAGCAGCCGCGGAGCGAAGUGGAAGCUGCGGCAAGGGCUUGAGCCCGCCUCGCUGCGACUGCCCGAGGGGCGCGGAUCCCGGCGGGGCCCCGAGCCGGAAUCGCUAGUAGAGAGUAUAAUAGCACUGCAAGAACAUCAGGAAAAAGAGUCUCAACUGCCAGCCAGGCCAAUCCCUUCCCUAAAAUCCAUCAGGACAGAAUUCCUACAGCAUGUCAGCUUUGUCCCAUACGCGUUCAAUCCAGUCCCAAGAAACCUGCAGCUCCGGAGCCAUUUCAAGAUCAAGAACAAUAUCUCAGCAAACAGCAUCACAAUCUCCCAAAUCUGGAAUGGAAGCAACAGCUACACCUUCAGCAUGCACAGAUGAGGAUGAGUCACAGAUGAUGAAAAACCCAUUUAAAAUCCCUUCAGAUACUGAUAUCUUCCUAUUAAGAGACAAGGAAAGAGAAAAAGCUAAGAAGGAACGUCAGCGAAAAAAGACCAUGAAAAUCCAUGAGAAGAUGACCUACUCCAGUAUGAUGAAUGUAAAGCAAUCAGAGUUCAAGAAACAGCUUCAGAAGGAAGAGGAGGAAGAGGACAGAGAACUGGCAGCAGAAACAGAGCGAAUGAGAGCCCUCCAAGAAAGUCUCUCAUGGAAGAUAGCAGUGACCAAAGACCAGCAGGUGGAAAAAGAGAGCCUGCAUGAAUAUAUAAACAAGAAAAGGGAGAUGUUUCGUAUGCAGUAUGCCAUCGCAAUAAAGAGAGAUGAGAUUCAGAAGCUGGAAAACCUAGCAGCUGAAGAGGAAGCAAAGCUGGAAAAGGCUGAACAGUACCUGGAGAAGGACGCCGCCAUGUUUGAUGAUUUCCUGAAGGAGAAUGAUAAAAACUCCGCUCAGGCCCUGAAAAUUGCUGAGAGAGAAACCAAAGCAAAGAUGGAUAAAAUAAUAGAGAUCCGUGAGCUUACGGCACAAAUGAUGAACAUCCAAAGUGAAAUAUCCAGGCUUGAAGACACUCUGCAGGAGUACACGAUGUACAGGGAUUUCCUCUACCAGCUGUCUCCAAAAGAAUGGCAGGAAGAAUACGAAAAGAAGCAGAUGAAGAAGAGGGAGAUGAAAAUGGCCUCUAGGGCAAAAGAAGAAAACACUUCCACUUUGCCCCCUGUGCCCAAAGGCCGGGAGCUGACAUCACAGUCCAAACAAGGCAGGUUUCCUACCACCGGCUCUGCAGAACGUCCGAGUGUUGAUUUCUCUGCAGAGGAGCUCGAACUCAGGCCUGUAAGCCAGAGCCAGAGGAAGGAAUCCAUCAAGCAAGGCAAAAUGCCCUCAAAGCAGAACCCCAAGCCUCUGUCAGCAAGAUGGGUGAGCGAGACAGCUACACUAACGAUGGAGAAAGCAGAUUCAGUCUGCUCUGAUGAUGAGGAUGAAGAUGAGGCACCAGAGCUGUAUUUUACAGAUCCAAAGCAGCUGCUGAACAUCUUCACCGAGCUGGAAGAGCAGAACCUGUCCCUCAUCCAGAAUUCCCGGGAGACCGAGGAAACUCUAGAUGAACUGAAGCAUGCUCUCACCACGACACAAAAUAAAAUGGGCCGAGAGAUAGCUCAGCUAGAGCAGCUUGAAGUUACCCUGAAAGCCUCCAUUGCCAAAGAAGAGGAGACAGCAAAAGACCUGGCAAUCAAGGCUCAAGUCUUUUCCUUUGGAGAGUUCAAAUCAGAGUUUCAGGAAAAAAUGUUGGCAAGUCUGAGCAAAAAAGUGCUGGAAGUCUAUCGACGUUGUAUUGGAGAAAAUGACGCCAAUCUGGGAACCCUGCAGAUGCUAACAGUCAUAGAGCACCAACUGGAUGACCUACUGGAGUGUCUGGAGAGAGUCCCACAAGCAAAGAUAGAACAGGCUGAGAAAACCAAAGAAAAGGAGCGGAGAAUGAGGCUCAGGGAUGAAAAAAUAAAACAACAGAGACAGCUGCAGGAGGAGAGGAUACAGCGGGCACUGGCAAGAGCACAAGCUGAUAUAAAGAAAAAGACUGGCCGAAGACUGGUGUUUCGUUCUGAGCCUCCCCCCAUCAAAGAAAAGGAAGAUGAGAAUCAAGGGCUAAUUGAUAAAGAGAAGGAAGAGGCUCUCUACUACUUCACUUAAUUUCUCAAGUAAGAUUAGGCCAAGUAGAUGAGAACCAGUUGUGCCAAACAGAAUGCUUUUUAGUUGUAUUCCAGGGCAAUCUCACGAUAAAACUUGUGCUUUUUGAAUUACAUAGAAACUUUGCAAUAAAAGAUUCUUCAUUUUUGCUAACCCCAUCGCC